AGAUUAAAAAUGACCAAGAAGAAGACCAAGGCCCACCAUGCCCCAGGCUCAGCAUGGAGCUGGUGGAAGCAGAAGACCCUGAAGUCUUCCGGUACUCACUGGAUGUAUUGUAUUCAACUUAUGCAGCUUAUCCUGAGUUUUAUUUCACAUGCCAGGCUUACACAUAUGUUAUUUUUUAUUUGUGGAAGAGUGUGUUCGCUUGUCUUUGGACAUGGACAGUAGGUUUCUUACUACGACGGUGACAAGACUCCUCCCCCUGGUCUCCCGGGUAGGGGUCAUAUUUCCACACUAAGACAGCGUGUCACGUGGGACUCUGCCGGUGCAGAGUAUGAACACCACCAUGUUCUUGCUGAAACACUUAGCCUGAGUUUCAUAGCCUGAGGUAAUCUCCAGACAACUUCAGAAUGUAGAGCAGUGAGCAGCACAAGUGACCUUUCUCCUUCAGAAAGCCCAUGUCACCACAAAUCACACAACCAAAAGGAGAAGAGACAUUUUGGGUUGAAAAAGAGUAAAAAGAUAAUGUAGCUACAUUUCUUUAGUUCUUUUGAACCCAAAGUGUCUCCUCACCUUUUGUUGUUGUCAUUGAUGGUGGUGACAUGGGCUUGUUUGUAGAGGACAGGUCAGCUGUCUGACUCAAAGCUCUACCCUCUGAAGUUGUCUGAAAAUGUCCUCAUGAUUAAAUUCAGCCUAAGUGUUUUUCUGGGAACACUGCAGGGUCAAUGCUACCUCACCCAUCUGCAGGCAGAGAAGGUCCCGUGUGUCUCCCACCAUGAUUGUGAUACCAGGACUGUUCCACCAUUUGUCUACCAUCAUGAUCCUGAUACCAGGACUCUUCCACCAUUUGUGUUCCACCAUGAUCGUGAUACCAGGACUGUUCCACCAUUUGUCUACCGCCAUGAUCGUGAUAUUAGGACUGUUCCACCAUUUGUUUACCACCAUGUUCGUGGUACCAGGACGGUUCCACCAUUUGUCUACAACCAUGAUUGUGAUACCAGGACUAUUCCACCAUUUGUCUACCACCAUGCUCGUGGUACCAGGACUGUUCCACCAUUUGUCUAUAACCAUGAUUGUGAUACCAGGAAACCACCAUUAGUCUAUUACCAUGAUCGUGAUACCAGGACUGUUCCACCAUUUGUCUACCGCCAUGAUCGUGAUAUUAGGACUGUUCCACCAUUUGUUUACCACCAUGUUCGUGGUACCAGGACGGUUCCACCAUUUGUCUACAACCAUGAUUGUGAUACCAGGACUAUUCCACCAUUUGUCUACCACCAUGCUCGUGGUACCAGGACUGUUCUACCAUUUGUCUACCACCAUGAUUGUGAUACCAGGACUGUUGCACCAUUUGUCUACCACCAUGAUUGGGGUGCCAAGACUGUGUUACCUUUUAUCUACCAUUAUGAUUGUCAUACCAGGACUCUUCCACCAUUUGUCUAUCACCAUGAUCGUGAUACCAAAACUCUUCCACCAUUUGUCUACCAUCAUGAUCGUGAUACCAGGACCGUUUCACUAUUUGUCUAUCACCAUUAUCGUGAUGCCAGAUCUGUACCUUUCAGAGACAGCUUAUUUAUACCAAAGUAAUUGGAAAAAUGGUUUUUAAAAGUAUUAAUAUGCUGUGUUCAAAUGACCAUCCCCUAAACAUUUUCUUCAUUAAUCAUCCCUGGUGGUGUCCAUUAUUAUAUUUAUAUCUCUCUACUGGAAAUUUUCAAUUUUUCCUGUAUCUUUGCUUUUCCUAGUUGUCUGUUGUUGGAAAAAAAAUUUCCUGCCUGCAUUUUAAUUUUUGCCAAAGUUAAUUUUAAUCUAUACUAUUAAAAUGUUUUCUCUUAAGACUGUCAGCACAUAAGGCCACAGCAAAAGAGAGAAUUCACUGAUUUUGAAGCCUUUUUGAUUUGUUGCUGACAAGAGACGUAGUUUUCUUAGCUGCUAAUAACUAUUUGAGCAGCCAGGAAAGGUCUAUCAGACUAAGGACAUGAAAAGCCCAGGCCAUUCUCUUUGAGUUUUUUAAACUAUUUCAAAAGAGAAGAGAAUAGGUAGAUUCCACAUAUGUGGACAGGAAGGAGAAUACACUAAAAGCAACAGACAAUUAUUUCCCAAAACAGAAUAGAAAACUAGAUUUAAAUAAACAUACACCAUUAAAAUUUAUUAAACAUUUUCUCAUGUCUCUAAACUUACCUGUUAUAUGAAAGUCAGUUCUUAAUAUUCCACACUGCAUUGACUGUUGACAUUCAUAAGAACAUAUUUCCAGUUUAUUAUUUGAAAAUGCAAAUGGACUGUAAUUUUUUUUGCAGUAAUCUUUUUAAGAUUGAAGAUUUUAUUCAAAAUAAAACCAGAGAUUUUAAAGAUUGAAAAUGACAUUAAAAUGUAUCUUCUCAAAAUAA